AUUCUACUACAAAACUGUUGUUUACUUUUUUUAAAGUGUUAUUUUAUUUUUUAUUUUUUAACAAAUUAUAUUUCAAGUUAAAUACUUUUACCGAAAGAACAAGGCGUGGUGUUCUCGGUUUAAUUUAUGUACAUAGUUUAUUUAGUUGGGUGUGCUGCUGAUGAUUGUUACUAGGUAUGGACAGAUAGAAUCGAUUUUGGAAGUCAAAUACAUUACACGCUCGAUUGUGCGUGUAACCUUUUGAGUUAAAUGCAGUUUCAUGCUGUUCAGCUUGAUAAAGAUUUCACGUCAUUCCAUGUGGUUGUGAACCUGUUUUAACCUGUUCUUUGGGAGCACAAUUGUAUCACCAUACAGUACUAAAAACUGGCAUGCGAAAGCAAUUAAAAAACUGAAAGUAGGAUAAAACAAACUGCAUACAAAUUAUAUUGGUCAUCACAAGGUUUGGUACCUAUUUAGGUGUUUUUUUUUAUUUGAUUUUGGUAUCUAAGCGGUAGAACAUGUUUGUCUACAUGUUCAUUGUCAUUUGGGUAGCUAGUGGAGUGACUUCAUAAUUCUGCUUUGUAUGUGUAGGACGCCACAGUAUGUAGUGUGUUGUACAAAAAGGCAAUACACUGAAAUACGAGUAUUAGGUGUCAUUAUUAUACACAAUUGACUUUUCUGUUCCAAAUUCAAAUAGCAGCUUCACUAUGCAGAUAUUUAAAAUAUAUCAUUUAGCUACUAUUAAACAUUGUGCGUUUACAAAUAGGAUUAUUUUUCCUUCAAAGUCGGAAAUCUUGAAAUACGUCUGUAACAGUUUAUUUAACAGCACCUCGAAAACAAACAUUGAAAAAACACUUUUGGCACACUGUAGAGGGUGGGCCUUCUGGGUGGAGUAUGCCACGGCCUACACGACGCAAUUAAGUUCCUGCAAAUAUGAAGAUAAGUGAAAGUAAAGCUGGCAGUGAAAGCGCUGCAUCAAAUUAGCAUAGAGUUUGAACGUAACAUGUCCAAAAGUUUGUAUUCAUUCAAAGACAAUUAUUUUGUAUUAUUGUUACAAAGUGUUUUACUGUCUCCCAACAGUGUGGACAAUUUAGCUCUCUGUAAUGGAAUCUUCUGCGUGUGGAAACGCCUCAGUGAGGCAACGCCUCAUUAUAAACUGCACAUACAGAACUUUAGAGAUAGAUGCUACAGCAAGGGUGGAGAUACUCCCUGGCUUUAUCUGAGUGAUUAUAAAACCCGUCAAUGUACUCGAGGAACUUUCAUGUUCCUGAACCAAGUGGAUAGAAAUAUUGAAACUUAAAGGGAAGAAACUUAAAAGACAAACCAAGGAGUUGAGGGAAAAGCUUGUCCCCAUGUCGAGGCCAGAUAUACCCCCAGGCUAUGAGGAUGCAAAUAAUCCUCUAUACCCACCCCACUCUGGCGGGUAUCCUCAGCCAUCACCAUAUGGUGGCUUCCCAGCUUCUAGAGGAUACCCUCAGCCAGGGGCAUACCCACAGCCAGGGGCGUACCCACAGCCAGGGGCGUACCCACAGCCAGGGGCCUACUCCCAGCCUGGAAUGUUUCCCCAGCCAGGAAUGUUUCCUCAGCCAGGAAUGCAGCCCAAUCCCAACAACCCGGCUGGAAUGCCUCCCAUGAUGCCCCCCAUGAUGCCCCCGAUGAUGCCCCCGAUGAUUCCACCAACUGCCCCCCUUAACGAAGAUGGUAAUAGAACAUAUGACAGACAUGGUGAUAAUACUGAAGGAUUCACUGCAAGUAACUGGAAUGAUAAGAGUGUCCGUCAUGCUUUCAUCCGGAAGGUAUACCUCAUCCUGGCAGCACAGCUCCUUGUUACAGUGGCAGUUGUGGCCAUCUUCACAUUUUGUCAACCAGUGAAGUCAUUUGUCCGCUCAUAUCCAGCCGUGUACUGGGUGUCUUAUGGGAUUUUCUUCAUAACAUACAUGGUGUUGGCUUGCUGUGAAGGGCCAAGGAGACGUUUCCCUUGGAAUGUAAUUUUACUGGCAGUAUUUACCCUGGCUAUGUCCUACAUGACUGGAACAGUUUCAAGUUACUAUGACACAAAGGCUGUGUUUCUAGCCCUUGGUAUAACUGCAAUUGUCUGCAUCAUUGUCACUGUCUUCUGUUUUCAAACUAAGGUGGAUUUCACAUCCUGUGGAGGCCUGUUCUCUGUCCUUGGGAUUGUUCUCUUUGUCACCGGAAUCAUCACUGCUAUCGUACUGUCAUUUAAAUAUAUUCCAUGGCUUCAUAUGUUAUUUGCAGCCCUUGCAGCUAUUAUAUUUACUCUGUUCUUGGCCUAUGACACACAGCUGAUCCUGGGCAAUAAGAAGCAUGCAAUCAGCCCCGAGGAAUAUGUUUAUGGAGCUCUCCGACUAUACACUGACAUUGUCAACAUUUUCACAAACCUACUGCAACUCAUUGGGGCAAUUAAAUAGGAUUGCUGCAGACUUGUCCCUUGCUUUUAUCAAACAUUUUUACCCUGUUACAGUAUAUAGUAUGUGUACCAGUAUAUUGCAUAUAUUUGUGUGGAUAAGGUGUAUUUCAUGUUCGUACAUUUUUCAUUAAUACUUCCAUCACCUCUUUUGGUGAUGUUACAUUUAUAGGUACUGUUACAUUUAAAGCUUCAUCUCGGAACCCUUUUCAAGAUUAACUAAACUCAUUGUUACCUACAAAUAUGCAAAAUAUGAACUUGUUUACUGGAUUUCUUAUGAUUAGCAUUGCAAGUAGAUUACUGUAUAUGAUUUGUGAUGUUUGUUAUGGCUUACAAUCAAUGUUUGAAUGUAAAACCAAAUGGAAUUUCUUGAUAUGAAAACAUGCAUAAAAAAGGGUUGCAGUUUUUAAUCAAAAGGUCAAUCUUUGGGGUGUUGAACUAUUCAGUUGAUUUUGUUGAAUUUGUUUAAAUCUAGUAUAUUCUAGAGUACUGCUGCCAUGUACAAAACAGGCAGCAUUUAGUAUGUUUGCCGUGUAUAUAUCCAGUACCUUUCCAAUAUAAUUAAACUUAACUGAUGGUAAGAAUGUCACUAUGACGUUUCUGUAAGUGGAUAAAUACACUUAUUGUAUUAAGCUGGACCAGCCAUCAUAGGAUUGUCUGAUUGUUACCACCAAGUAUGUUUACAGAAUUUCAGUGACAACAGGCACAUUGUUAUAUAUCUUUUUAAAAUAUAUUCAGUACUCUUUAAAA